UGUCAUGGCGGUAACAGCGUAUCUUUUACACCACAGUGAGAGCAGAAUGCUUGCUGAACCGCGUUUUGUGGCUUCGAUUUCCUGUGGCCUGCUUAGGAAGGAAUCUGGGAGACCCUCGAGCCACAGAAUGGAGGCAGUGACGUUUGAGGAUGUGGCUCUGAACUUCAGCAGUGAGGAGUGGGCUCUCUUGAGUCUGUCCCAAAAGGAGCUCUACCGAGAGGUGAUGGAAGAGACCUUUAAGAACAUGGCUGCUAUAGGAAGAGCUGAAGACAACCAAGAAGUUGAAACAGAAUACAGAAAUUCCUGGAGACAUCUAAGAUGCUAAAAAGGAUGUGAAAGAAACAGACACACACAGUGAUGCUCAGAUCCAUGAAGGAAAUCACACUGGAGGGGAACCCUAUGUAUGUAAGCAGUGUGGGAAAGCUUUCAACACAGGCA